AUGGCGUCGGAAAAGUCGGCUGAGCAUGCUCAUAUUGAGAAGCUCAUUACCAACAAUCUCCCUGGCAGCCCCAUCUAUGCCUUCCUACUGACUCCGGUGCGUGUCGUUUCGGCUACCAAGGGACAUGUAGUCUGUCGCCUGCCCUUGACAAAGAGUCAUCUGAACUCCAAGGGAGGCAUUCAUGGUUCAGUCUCGGCCACCAUUGUAGACUGGAUGGGCGGCAUGGCUAUCGCUUCGUACGACCUGCGCGAGAAGACUGGUGUGAGCGUCGACAUUCAUGUCACCUACCAGUCCUCUGCAAAGGAAGGCGAUGAGGUUGAGAUCGAGGGUAUCGCUGACAAGGUUGGUGGUUCCUUGGCUUUCACAAAGGUCAACAUCUACAAAGUCCAGGACGGUCAGCGUGGUGCUACUGUCAUUACUGGCACCCAUACCAAGUUUGUCAGAGUCUGA